UAAUACAAAGUGCACUAACCAAACAACCUAUCGUCACUUCAAUUUCCUAUUCCUCACAUUUUCAAUGAAGGAAGUUGCUAAAAAGACAAAAACUGGUAAAAACCUUAGAAAUUAUGAAAUCUGUAAAGGAAUCAUGAGGUUUUCCAAGUCCAAAAUUUUUCAUAGAAGAAGACUUUUUGACCCAAUCGUUGAAAACAGUGUGACCUUAGCAAUAAAGAAAGCUAAAAAAGAAAAGGAAGCAAAAGUUAGGCCAGUAAAAACAAUGACCAAACCCAUUGGUGGAGACAAAAAUGGGGAACAACGAGUGAUAUUAAAGAAAAAAAUGCCCAAAACGAUUCCUAUAGAGCAAAAGUGUUCUUUCAAGAAGCAACGGUUGAGUAAGAAAGAUAGGAACAGAGCUAGAAAAUAUAAACCACUUCGACCAUCAUUAAUUCCAGGAAAGAUAUUGAUUGUAAUGGCAGGACCAUAUAGAGGAAAGCGAGUAAUUUUCCUUGACCGACUUCCUCAUUCAGGUUUAUUACUUAUCACUGGUCCCCACAAAUUGAAUGGCUGUCCACUAAGACGAAUUCAUGAAUCAAGGGUGAUUGCGACUACUGAAAGAAUCCCUGGAUUUGAACUUCCUCAAAUCUUGGAUGGCCUGACUGAUCAAUUAAUCAAAGGGGAAAUGACAUACUUUAGCCCAGAAGUUAAAAAAAGAGAUGAAAGAAAAUCCAAACGCAAAAAUAAGGAUGAGGAUAUUUUUGAAAGUGGUGCUAAAAAUGUUAAAGAGGCACUCCCAGAUCAGAAAAAGGAAAUUCAGAAAAUAGUUGAUAAUCGUAUCUUAGAACUCAUAGAUGGCGCCAUAACUGAAAAUGGGCUUGAAAAUAGGUUCAUGAAAAAAUAUUUGACACUCCCCUUUUCACUUUCACCUGGACAGUAUCCACAUGCCAUGGUUUUCUAAGUAAAUUAUCAAAUGCUGGGAUAUGACUUAUAAUUUAUAUACCUUUAUUAUUAAUUUUUACAUAUACUACAUUUUGUGAUGAUAAAGUUUUUUUAUUUUUGGAAUUAUUGUU